ACAACCUUUUACUUCUGGAGUCUACCAUCUGAAAACACGCUUCUUCCUUUUGGCCAGAGCGCCUUCGAGUACCGGACACUUAUCAAAAUGACGGCACCUACGCAUACCCAGCAGUCCGCUGCCAGCUCCACUGAUACCCUUCAAGAUUCCCACCCAAAGCCCGUCUUCCGAUCCAUCACCCACGACCCAGUGCCGUCUCCUGAUGGCGCCGAUGUCGUCAAUCUUCCAUAUCGAACCCUUACCGCCGAUGCCCCCCUCGAAGAGUAUACCCAGGAAACCACCACGGGGCAAAUCCUUCGCGAGGUGCGCUCGAAUCAGACCGGGAAGAUGGAACGAUAUGAACUUGUUACAUGGAAAAUCGACGACCCCGAGAAUCCCAAAAAUUGGAGCAAAGCCUUCAAGUGGUGGUGCACCAUGUGCGUUGCGCUUGUAUGCUUUGUAGUGGCGUUCAACUCUGCGGUCAUCACCGCUGACAUCGAGGGAGUAGCCGGGGAGUUUAAUGUCAGUGAGGAGGUUGCACUGCUCACCAUCACCUUGUUCGUUGUUGGAUUCGGUGUGGGCCCGAUGCUGUUCGCGCCCUUGAGUGAAAUCCUUGGGAGAAGAAUUAUCUACGGCUCUACACUUUUCUUGGCUGUUAUCUUCACUAUCCCUGGGGCCGUGGCCAAGAACAUCGCCACUCUGUUGGUGACCCGAGCUAUCGCUGGUAUUGCGUUCUCCGCACCAAUGACUCUCGUCGGGGGCACACUCGCAGACUUGUGGAAGAAUGAGGAACGAGGUGUUCCCAUGGCAGCAUUCAGUGCUGCUCCCUUCAUAGGUCCUGCCGUUGGCCCCCUAGUUGGUGGCUUUCUUUCAGAUGCUACAGGUUGGAGAUGGCUAUACUGGAUUCAGCUUAUCGUCUCUGCAGUUGCUUGGGCGCUCAUUACCUUCACUGUACCUGAGACCUACACACCGACACUACUUGGCACAAGGGCAAAGAAGAUGAGGAAAGAAACUGGGGACGACAAGUACGUCACAGAGGAAGAUAUCGACAAGCGCCCUAUGGCUCAGCGUCUUCGCGUUUUCCUACUACGACCAUUUCAACUACUGUUCCAGGAGCUCAUUGUAUUCUUCAUCUCCGUCUACAUGUCGGUUUUGUACGGAUUAUUGUACAUGUUUUUCGUGGCAUUCCCAAUCGUAUACCAGAAGGGCAAAGGCUACAGUGCCAGUUCGACUGGUCUAAUGUUCAUCCCCCUAAUGAUCGGUGUCCUGCUUAGUGCAGCCUGCUCCCCUCUCGUCAACAAGCAUUACCUCACGCUCGUUCAAAAGCACAACGGCAAGCCGCCUGCGGAAGCUCGACUGAUCCCCAUGAUGAUCUCAUGCUGGUUCAUUCCCCUCGGCCUUUUCAUCUUCGCCUGGACGUCUUAUCCUCGCCUCCACUGGAUCGGCCCUGCCAUUGGGGGUUUCCCAGUAGGCUUUGGCUUCAUAUUUUUAUAUAAUAGCGCAAACAACUAUUUGGUUGACUCAUACCAGCAUCAGGCUGCGUCGGCGUUAGCUGCUAAGACGUUCUUGCGCUCCUUUUGGGGUGCCGCUGUUGUGCUGUUCACGAACCAGAUGUAUGAUCGUUUAGGAUACCAGUGGGCGAGUACGCUACUUGCUUUUAUCGGUCUUGCAUGCUGUGGAAUUCCAUUUGUGUUUUAUUUCAAGGGAGCGGCGAUUCGCAAGCAUUCGCAUUUUGCCUACAGUGCGGAUGAAGAGAAUGAGGGAGGAAAGAAGGAGGUGUCGUGA